CUUGUCUCGAAGAGGUCAGCGGCAGUCAGACAAGCAGCGGCAACCAUUCCUUGUCAUGAGCAUUCCCGUGCGCGACGAAGGCGGCAGCUCCUCGGCGGAGCAUGCGGUGGAUAAGUUUGUGUGCGAUAUCUGCGCCCAGACGUUUCGGUUCAAGGGUAACCUCAAGCGCCACCAAAUCACGGCGCAUGUCGGGUUGAAGCCGUUCCAGUGCGAGCACUGUCCCAAGUCGUUUGCGCGAAAGGCUGACAUGCAGGUCCACAUGCGCGUCCACACAGGCGAGAAGCCGUAUCCGUGCGAAGAAUGCGGCAAGCAGUUUGCGCGCAUCUCGGACCUGCGCAGCCACGAACGCACGCAUCGAGGGGAGAAGCGGUUCGCGUGUCCGUUCCCCAUGUGCGACAAACAGUACACCCGCCGCGUGGACUUGAAAAAGCACGAAAUGACGCACUGCGCGAGCCAUCCCACCGCGUCCAAGCGACCGCUGCAGCCGCGGGAAGCAACCUUCCCAUGUCCUGGGGACCUCGCAACCCACGCUGCGCACGGCCGCGGGUGCGGACACUUGAGCAUCGAACAUGGAAACCACUUGGACUUUAUCGUAAACAAUCAGCUCGUGUGUCUGCAAGGCGUCAAGUCGCUCUCAGUCGCGCCCACGCGGCGCAUUCUCCCAGGGUACGCACGUCCGGACACGUUGACCUGGAGAUGAUGAAUGCUCACAAAGGUUUCUGCAUGUAGGUCGGCCCCGCAGCCCCACGGCCCCGGCUGUGGCCAUUUGGCGGUGCGUCACAACGACCACGUCGAUUACGUCGUCGACAACUCCAUCAUGUGCCACCAUGGUGGCGUGCUGGCGGACGUGGAUUCGUUAAAGUUGCUCGACGACGACUUUUGGGACUUUUUCGGCGCCAUGGAUUCCCUCACAACCCAAGACGAAAUGUCAAGUGGCACGGAGCUGUGAGGGAAUAAUCAAAAUGGCCGUUAACGCAAACUACCUACCUUUGUGUGUUGAAAUAAGGAUGUCGGAAACGAAAUUGCACAAUUCACUUUGUUGAUAACGUUCGUUUGGUUUUGC